AAAAACAACAGCAGGUAAAUUAUCCGUGAUGAGUAAGAUAAAGAAAGAUGUCCUGCUAAUAAGACACGGUCAGGGAGAUCACAACAAGUUGUUCUACGAGAACAGGAUGGAGGAGGGGCUAGCGCUGCGGGAUCCGGCCCUGAACGAGGUGGGGGUUAAACAGGCAACCAACCUCGGCAUACAACUUAAGGAACAGCUCCUGGAGAGUAAGUUUGAUCUAGAGCUGAUAAUAACGUCUCCAAUGAGACGAGCUCUGUUGACAACUGAUUACGUGUUCGGUAAACUGCCUCCGUAUCCUGUACUUGUGUCUCCUAUCCCUACUGAGAUGGGACACGGAGGAUGUGAUUACGGGAGCAGUAAAACUGUUCUGACACGUGACUUCCCUCACCACGACUUUACACAUGUCGAGUCAGAGGAAUGGUGGACGGAGGAGGAGUCGCAGGAACAUUUAGAACAGCGCGUGGAAGAAUUCAAGGAAUUUCUGAAUUCCAGACCGGAGACCAGAAUAGCUGUCGUGUCUCACGGACGUUUCCUUACCCAACUCAUGGAAAUAGAUCAAUUUUGCUCGUUCGCGAACUGUGACUGUAAACAAGUGACUCUUGGAGGCGAUGGUGUGGUCAGUGAUCCUGGAGAGAUUUUUAUACGGGUUGACAAAAUGUGGAAACCCUAUUAAAAGAAGAAGAAGAUCAUAAAGCUUGGAAAUAAAAACAAUAUUGUAGAUUAAAUAUUUGGCUAGAAAACAAUUGGUAGGGAUAUACAGUACAUAGCUGAUAGAGUUAGUGGUUAUCUAUAUCAUUUUAUAAACAGCAUGCUUUUUUACUUUUACAAAACAAUAACACAGCGACCCAUUGAUACCUGCCUUUUGCAGGUUUAAAAUUAUUUUGUAGAAUAUAAAUUUCAUACUUAUCUGUACAAUAUGAGGUAAUAUUUGGUGUAUGUUAUUUAAUUUAUAAACUCAUUCGGAAAAUAUCGUUCACAUAAAUUACGUAAACCAGAUUUUGGCCAUUUUAUACCCACUCCCUCCGUAUGCUAUUUAACAGAUAGCUAUUGUGUUGGAACUAGCGUAGCCACACCCAAACCCACUCCUCCUGCCUAGGCUGGCUUACAUAAUAUGUGAACGACCCUUUAACAAACCAUUUUACAAUUCUUAAAAGGCUGUUUUUGGCUGUAUUUUAACAUUAUUUUGAUUAAUUUUAUUUGCGCUAUUGCGUUACUGCAACCAAUUACCAGCCUUAUCUAAAUAAAUCUCCCUUGACAUGAUUCUUCCUAUCCUUCACAGUCUCAAUUAUUUUUUCUGAACUGAAUUAAAUUUGUCAGCCGUUGAUAAGCAUUCCUUUUCCACUUUCCCAAAAUUUUCUCAUUGCAGAUAAGUUUUAUUAUUCUACUUAGUCUUAAACGAAAAUAUUCGUUAGCAAGAUCUUUCCUCAGAAAAUAUAAUUCGUGUUAAUUCUUUUCCGAACUCAGAUUUUAUAUUGGUGUGUAAUGUGUUUAUUUAUCGUGUACCCAUAUAAUUAUACGUAUUAUACAUGAUGUUUGGUUUGAUUUAUCCAGUGACUAAUGUGCUCGACCCGGCGCAGAGGAAGCUGGAUACAAAGUGUAACAACGGUUUAAUAAACUGAAGGUUUCUUACUAAAGCAGUCGUUCUGAAACACGGACGAUUGCUUCGACAUGAAACUUUUAGUGUGUUAACCCGAUCGCGUUGUUUCACUUUGGAAAUAUCUUAUGUAUGUGUAUCAGGUAUGUAUCUGUUUAGUAUGUUUAUUGUUUAUUAAUAAUUUCAUUGGCACACUUACUUCACUUGUUUCACUUUGUCUAACGCAAACUCUUGUUUUAGUAAAUAAACUGAAUAAUGCAAAUUUCAUU